UUCAUACUGCGAUUUGAGCUCAGUUGUUUAUCCAGACGAUCGAAGCGCAGAAAUCAUUCAAUCUAAUGACUAAUGAGGAAUUUGAUUUCAUCGUUGUCGGAGCUGGUUCUGCUGGAGCAGCGGUUGCUAAUCGUUUGAGUGAAAUAAGUACCUGGAAAGUAUUACUAAUAGAGGCUGGAUCUGAUCCGCCAGUCGAAUCUGAAAUCCCAGCCAUGUUUUUUACACUUCUGGGCUCAAAAUACGAUUGGAAAUAUAAGGUAGAAAAAUCAGAACAUGCCUUCCGAAGUCUGAUUGACAAUCAGUGUCUUUGGCCUCGAGGAAAAGUAUUGGGAGGAUGCAGCACGAUUAACGCAAAUAUAUACGCACGUGGCAAUGCCAAGGAUUACGACAAUUGGGAACGUUUGGGAAACACUGGCUGGAAUUAUGAAAAUGUUGUGAAAUAUUUCAAGAAGUUGGAAACUGCUAAUGUGGAGUCGGUGGAAAAGGAAGCCCACGGAUAUGAGGGUAAUGUGCAUGUAGAAAAUUAUCAAGAUGGUGACUUAAUCGGUAAUAAAUUCAAUGAAGAGUUACUGAUGAAAUUAUAUCAAGAAUUAGGAUUACCUUUUGUCAAAGAUAUGAAUGCGAAGCAGAAAUCAGGACUUACAAAGAUUCCAGGAACACUGAAAAACGGCGUCAGAUGGAGUACAGCCAAAGCUUACCUGGCUCAUAUUAAAGAUAGAAAAAAUUUAUUAGUAAUGAAUGAGACCUUAGUCACUAAAGUAUUGAUCGAUGGCAAUAAGAAUGCUUACGGUGUUGAAGUAUUUUGCAAUAAUGUUCAUAAGAAAAUAAUUGCCAAGAAGGAAGUCAUAUUGAGCGCAGGAGCAUUGAACUCACCUCAGCUUCUCAUGCUUUCAGGAAUCGGUCCUCAAGAUCAUUUGAAAGAGUUAAAUAUCCCAUUAAUCAAUGAUCUGAAGGUCGGUUAUAAUUUACAAGAUCAUAUUUUCCCGAUACAUUCAAUGAUUAAAAUAGUCUCCAAAGAAUUUAGGGCUAAAGAAGUUUCCCCAUUCGAUUUAUUUUAUUCGUAUUUGACCAAAAAGACUGAAUUGGGAUCUUUGUUCGUUCCAGAUAUGAUGACUUUCGUUGAUAUUCAGAAUAAGACAGAUGAUUAUCCGGAUAUUCAAUUACUUCAUCUCAGUCAUCCUGUCAAACAUGCUGGAUUGAGAGCUUAUUUACAAAAGAACGAGAAACAUCAUGUGAUUCAAAUUUGGCCACUUUUACUCAGGCCAAAAAGUACAGGCAGAAUAAUGCUGAACAGCAAUAACCCAUUUGACGCGCCAAAAAUCAUUACCGGGUAUUUGACCGAUUCUGAUGACAUAACAACUCUCAUUCGAGGCAUAAAAGUAAUUCAUAGGCUUGCAAAUACCGCAACAUUCAAAUCAUGCUGCGAAUUUGUCGAAAUUCAACCUCUAACUGAUUGCAACAAUUUGAAGCCCACAACGGAUGAGUAUUACGAAUGUAUUAUUCGUAAUUUUAUCGCGACUGGGUACCAUCCAGUGGGUACUUGUAAAAUGGGCCCUAAAAGCGAUAAAGAUGCUGUGAUUGAUGCCAGACUCAGAGUAUACGAGGUGAAUGGCUUGAGAGUGGCUGAUGCUUCAAUAAUGCCAAAAAUAGUUAAUGGAAAUACCAACAUUCCUGCGAUUAUGAUCGGUGAAAAGGCUGCUGAUUUGAUAAAAGAGGAUUGGCUCGAUAAAUCCAGGCAUACCAGAAAGUGA